AUGUCUGAACAAACACUACUUACAGAGGCAAGAGAUGCUGUAACGAAUAAACAAUAUGACGUUGCAGAACAAAAAUAUCAUCAAAUUCUAGAAGAAUCAAAACAAGAUACUGAAACAACCAACUCCACCAAAAAACUACAAUUACAAGAAUCUGCAAUUUUAGAAUUGGGUAAAAUAUAUAAAAUCACAGAUAAACCACAACAAUUAUCAGAUUUAAUUAAAAGUUCAAGACAAUUAUUAGGUAACUUUGCUAAAUCCAAAACUGCCAAAAUAGUUAAAACAUUAAUUGAAUAUUUCGAUAAUUUAACAAAUGCAUUAGAUAUACAAAUUGAAGCAACAAAACAAUCAAUUGAUUGGUCAAUUGAUUCCAAAUUAUCAUUUUUAAGACAAAGUUUACAAGUGAAACUUAGUGAUUUAUUAUAUCAAAAACAUCAAUAUCAUGAAGCCAUUAAAAUUAUAAAUGAAUUAUUAAGAGAAUAUAAAAAAUUGGAUGAUAAAUCUUCAUUAGUUGAAGUUCAAUUAUUAGAAAGUAAAAUAUAUCACGCAUUAAGAAAUAUACCUAAAUCGAAAGCAGCAUUAACUAGUGCAAGAACUUCGGCAAAUUCAAUAUAUUGUCCAACUAUUUUACAAGCAGAAUUAGAUUGUCAAAGUGGCAUAUUAAAUAUGGAAGAUAAAGAUUAUAAGACUGCUUUUUCGUAUUUUUAUGAAAGUUUUGAAGGCUUUAAUUCACAACAAUCGGAAGAAAAUAGCAAAACUUCAGUCAAAGUUUUAAAAUAUAUGUUAUUAUCCAAAAUCAUGUUAAAUUUAAUAGAUGAUGUAAAUAAUAUACUCAAAAACAAGAAUGUCAUACAAUAUCAAUCAAAGGAUAUAGAUGCAAUGAAAUCAAUUGCAGUAGCAUAUUCAAAUAGAUCAUUAAAAGAAUUUGAAAAUAGUUUAAUUCAAUAUUCAACAGAAUUAAAAUCAGAUGAAAUUAUUAAAAAUCAUUUUAAUUCAUUAUAUGAUCAAUUAUUACAAGUCAAUUUAUUAAAAAUUAUAAAAUCUUAUGAAUGUGUUGAAUUAGAUCAUAUUGCAAAAGUUAUUGGAUUAAAUGUAAAACAAGUUGAAGGAAAAUUGAGUCAAAUGAUUUUAGAUAAAAUAUUUUAUGGUGUAUUGGAUCAAGGUAAUGGAUGGCUUAUAAUUUAUGAUGAACCUAAAAAGGAUGCUGCUUAUAAUGCUUCAUUAGAUUUAAUAAAGAAUUUAUCUGGUGUUGUAGAUUUAUUAUAUGAAAAAGCAAGCUCAUUAAAUUAA